AUGUCGUUAGGCGAUUUAAUACAAGAUGCUGCUGCUUGGGUAACAGAAGAAAUACGUAAAUCAAUAGAUGAUCUAAAUGACGAAGAAGAAGAAGAAGGAGAAGAAGAAGAAGAAGAGGAAGAGGGAGAAGAAGAAGAGGAAGAAGAAGGAGGAGGAGGAGGAAUAAAUAUAUUUAAUUAUAAUUCUUCUCCUUCUUCUUAUUCACAUACAAGAAGAAAACAAAAACAUCAACCAUUAAAAGUCACACACAUUGAAUCUUUAUUAAGUUGGCAGGAAUUAAAGGAUGAAAUAGAGGAGACAACAGAGAGUUGUUUAACAACACCAACAUCAUUUCCUGCUGCUGCUGCUGCUUCUGCAUGCAGCAGCAGCAGCAGCAGCAGCAGCAGGAGCAGCAGGAGCCCUAAAGAUUUCUCCUCUUUAAAGCGUGAAGAUGCUGCAGCAUCAGGAGCUACUUUCUCUCCCUCUCCCUGUCCCUCACCAUCAGCAGCAGCAGCCCCAUCAACAGCAGCAGCACCAUCAGGAGCAGCAGGAGGAGGAGGAGGAGGAGGAGGAGGAGGAGGAAAUCCUUUUUGUAUAGAUAUAGAAUUAAAUAAUAGAUUAUUUAUAUACGAAGGAGAUAUACUUUCCCUUAAUGUAGAUUGUAUAAUGUUAUUUACUUAUAAUGGUAUUAAUGGACAAGAUAUACUUACUAAACGUAUACUAUCUAAAGAAAUAUCUUUUGAUGAAAUUUGUAAAUCAGGAGAAAUUAAAAUUUAUAAAUCUUUCUCUCUUCCUUCUACACAUCUUGCUUAUACUCUUCUUCGUGUAAGAUAUCUUCCUCGUGAAUUAGGAAAUAUAAAUGGCGAGAUUGACGUAGCAGAGCGACGUAUACCUAUUAUACAAAGAGGACCUGCUGCUGCUGCUGCUGCUGCUGCUGCUGCUGCUGGUGAUGAAGAUAAUACAUCAAUAGGAUCAGGAGGAGUAGGAGUAUCUGCUGCUGGUGGUGGUGGUGGUGGUGCUGCUGUCUCUGGUGUACGUAUACCUGUAUUUGGUGGUAUGUUAGUAAGAAGAGAAGAAACAGAUGAUGAAGAAGAAGAAGAAAAAGAAGAAAAAGAAGAAAUAUUGCAUGCAAAUGAUGUUAGCUUCCUUUUUGCCAAAACACAAACAGAAACAGAAAAAAGAUUGCAUGCACUCAAUCUUAAGGUAAAUAUAUCCAUCAAUAUACACCAGCAGCACCAGCAGCAGCAGCAGCAGCAGCAGCAGCAGUAG